UCGCCAGUCCGGCGUCCCGUAUUUUUUGAGGGCGGAAAUGGCCAAUUCAGGCCUGCAGUUGUUGGGCUUUUCCAUGGCAAUGCUGGGUUGGGUGGGCCUGGUGGCAAGCACCGCCAUCCCGCAAUGGCAGAUGAGUUCGUACGCAGGCGACAACAUUAUCACGGCCCAGGCCAUGUACAAGGGGCUGUGGAUGGAUUGCGUUACACAAAGCACCGGCAUGAUGAGCUGCAAAAUGUACGACUCGGUGCUUGCUCUGCCGGCGGCCAUGCAGGCCACUCGAGCCCUCAUGGUGUUAUCCUUGGUGCUGGGCUUCCUCGCUAUGUUUGUGGCCACGAUGGGUAUGAAGUGCACACGCUGUGGGGGAGACGAUAAAGUAAAAAAGGCCCGUAUAGCUAUGACUGGAGGCAUCAUUUUCAUCGUAGCAGGUCUUGCAGCCUUGGUAGCAUGCUCCUGGUAUGGUCAUCAGAUUGUCACAGACUUUUAUAACCCCACCGUCCCUGUGAAUUUUAAGUAUGAGUUUGGUUCUGCCAUCUUUAUUGGCUGGGCAGGGUCUGCUCUGGUCCUCCUAGGAGGUGCACUGCUCUCUUGCUCCUGUCCUGGACAGGAGAGCAAAGCUGUGUACCGUGCACCACGCUCCUACCCUAAGUCCAACUCUGCCAAGGAGUAUGUGUGAGGUGGGACUCCCAUGCCCCAGCCUGACAAACUGUGGGCAUGCCCAAAUGACUCAAAGGACCCAGGGCAGAGGAUUCAGCCUGUGGGCAGAGUGCAGGACAAAGGCCUCCU